UCGCUCCCUCUAGUGGAUAUUUGCGUGAUUGCAAUCUGACCCGGAAGCAAUAUUAUGGAAUUGUAAACACGUGUGAACAGGAAAGAAAUUGGCUACCGAGCUUGUAUGUUGGGUAACCAUGGGUAAGUCCAAACAGUCUGGAAAUCAUAACAGCGACAAGAAGAAAAACAUCUCCAAAUUAUGGAAGACCAAGCGCCGAACCAAAGACCUUGACCAGAUCCACACUGAUAUGAGACCUGACCAAGCAGCCAAGCUGCUGAAACAAGAUGUAGAUUUUGAUGUCACAGGCUGUGCGCAACACUACUGUCUGCAUUGUGCACGAUACUUUGUUGAUUUGAAAUCAAUGAAAGAGCACUUUAAAACCAAACUCCACAAGAAAAGACUGAAAAAGUUGAGAGAUGAGCCGUAUACACAGGCGGAGGCUGAGAGAGCUGCUGGAAUGGGAUCAUACAUACCCCACAAAAAGGUGGAGGUACAGACCCAGCCAGUGGAAGAGGACAUGGACUAAAGAGAAUCUAAAGCAAGCCGUGGAGCCUCCUGUGAUCUAGUGCUGCAGGGACGUAAUGAUCCAGGUGUACAGAGAAAACGUAGGCUUUCAGCCUAUGACCGUGUUUGGAGGACUAUUUGUAAUGGUAUGGACGAUGUAUACGUGUACAUAUUAAAAUCCAACAAACUUGUAUGGAGACUUGUUGGUGUUGGCUAAUAAAGUAAGAUGUGAUGUGUGA